AUGGCGACGGGAGGCGCAGGCACUCCGAGCCCUCCACGAACAUUUGCCCAAAAAGCGUCCCGUGGUGGUGCUCCGGCGCCUGCACCAUUGAACACCGCCUCUCCUCCGUCAAAGCGAGAACUAGCAUCAUGGUGGAAGAAGUUUAGGAAGACUACCGAAAAGGUGGAUGACAAGGCUGAAGCUCCCACUGGCAUAUUUGGCGUUCCUCUAGCCGAGAGCAUCAGGUAUGCAAACGUCGCCAUCUCUUUGCAGAACGAAUAUGGCGAGAGUUUCAUCUACGGCUACGUCCCCAUCGUUGUUGCGAAAUGUGGAGUUUUUCUCAAAGAGAAAGCCACCGAUGUGGAGGGCAUCUUCCGACUGAGCGGAUCCGCAAAACGAAUCAAGGAUCUGCAGGCCGUCUUCAACUCUCCUGACAGGUAUGGAAAAGGGCUAGAUUGGAGUGGCUAUACCGUCCACGACGCGGCCAACAUCCUUCGACGCUACCUCAACCAGCUCCCCGAGCCCAUUGUCCCUCUCGAUUUCUACGAGAGAUUUCGCGAACCACUCCGCCGAAUCCAGGUUCCUACAGGGCCGGAUGGUGAAAUGCAGCCUCGUGAUAUGAGUGUCAGCGAACACAGCGCCGCUGUCUCUGCGUACCAAAAGCUCAUCACGGAGCUACCGCCUCUGAACCGCCAACUGCUCCUCUACAUACUCGACUUACUUGCGGUCUUCGCGUCCAAGUCGGACCUCAAUCGCAUGACUGCUGGCAAUCUCGCUGCCAUCUUUCAACCCGGUAUAAUCUCUCAUCCCUCGCACGACAUGUCGCCAAUGGAAUAUCGACUCAGCCAAGAGGUCUUAAUCUUCUUGAUCGAGAAUCAGGAUAAUUUCCUCAUCGGAAUGUCAGGCACCGCAGUCGAUGAGAAAACCCAGAAGGAUGUCGAGAGCGGUGCACCAUCUCUAAGAUCUCCAAAGGCUGUUGGACGGUCUGCAUCCAAUGCCAGUGCUGGCGCCGAGAGCCUCCGGAAAUAUGGGGUCCGACGCAAUGUCUCUGUGUCGUCACGCGGUUCUAGAGAACGAGGGAGUCCUGGAGUUUCGAACCCGGGUACUCCGUCUGGGGUCACUUCGUUCGCGGGAGGUGCGGGAAUAGCACGAAGCAAUACUGUCCCCUCGAAGCGAUCUCCAGCGAUCACCUCGAACCGCUUUCAGAGAUCCAAUGAUAACACAGAGUCGACAAUUUCCUCCGUCGGACCCAAUUCCAUAAAUCUGGGCUCUUCAACUACGAACCAGGAAACGACUGAGUCCAAGUCAUCCAGAUCUGGGUCUAUCCAACCAGAUGAUGCUGACGGCAGAGGAACGUUGGUUCCUGCACAAGCCGUCCAGGCACCCGGUCAGUCUCCGCAACAACUGACCCGACCUCCACCAGCAGCACAGACUGUACCAACCCAAAGCGAGACCGGCCAGGGACCGGUAACGGCUGCGGCUGUGGCUCCACCACCCAUCACGACCCGAGAACGGAAGAUAUCUAACUUUUUCCCCAAGUCACCGAUGUUUGGUCCGUCAGAUCCCAACGGGAGGCAACCAAGGAAGCUGCAAAAGAAGCCAAAGAUACCUGGGAGCACCAACGACAGCGCUCAGAGCUCGCUGAACUCACUUCAUGGUGACGAGGCAGGCAUUUUCCACACGCCUCUUGUCUCACCUGAUGUCCAUAGCGCUGGGCGACAUGAUCCGUUGGCUGCGCCUCAAGGUCCCGCCCUCAUGAACACAGCAGCAACUCCCACCAAUGAAACACCAAACUCGAAACAACUUCCGACCGCGUCCGCUGGAAACAACGGGCAAAACCAUACACCCGGCUUGAAACCACCCACCUCCCCGCCAGGAUCGACGCACUCUCGCUCUUCUUUCACCGACCCUUCAGAUGCCGACGUCGUGGAUGAUGCGCUGCAUCAACCCGAGAAAGAAAAGCGUCGUCAUCGAUGGAGAUUCUCCGCUGCGGCAAAGAAAGGAGAACAGUCACCGCUUGCACCACCGCCGCCUGUUGGCCAGAAUGCUGGAGCCAGAGGAAGUAACAGUUCAAUUGGAAGUUCCAGUCGACCCAGGAAGAGCUUUACCGGGGAUUCUCAACUGACACAAUCUUCAUAUCCUGAUCCCACUGGGAGCGGACAACAAGCUCUUAUUGGCCAGUCAAGCCAAGAAUCGAAUGAUGUCCAGAAGGAUCCUAAUUCCGAGAUGGAGAAGAAGGGCUUGUUUGGUAAAUGGAAAGCCAAGAUGUCACAGAACAGAGACGAAAGGCUGGCUGAGAAGGAGAGGGACCGGGCAAAGAGCCCGCCCAGAAAUGAGCAAGGCUCUUCUCGAAACAGCCUAGCGGCUUUCGCCCAGGAGCAUUUGGCGCCUAGAGGGAGAUCAUUUGACAGACCACGCGACGAGGUUCUCUCAAGUGUGACCGAAAGACCAGCUGCGGAGGGGUCAGCUCAAGGACGGAAAGUAUCGAUGGAUCCUGGACGGGGAGAGAGGCCGGCAGGUGGAUAA